AUGGAUCACAAGAACACAACGCAGGUCUCCGAAUUCUUCCUCCGUGGAUUCUCCUCAGAGCCAGAGGUCGAGAAACUCCUCUUUCCGCUUUUCCUCUUCAUGUAUUUGCUCACCAUUGUGGGGAAUGUAACCAUCAUCUUGUUGAUCCGCUCGGAUAGGCACCUCCUCCAAACCCCCAUGUACUUCUUCCUCAGCCACCUCGCCGUCGCUGAUUUGGGUUUUGCCAGCACCAUUGUCCCCAAGGCACUACAGAACUUGCUAUCUCAGAAAAAGACCAUCUCCUACCAUGGCUGUCUGGCCCAGAUGUUCUUCUAUAUACAUAUUGGCAAUGCAGAUAGUUACCUUCUAGCCUCCAUGGCCUAUGACCGCUACGUGGCUAUCUGCAGCCCACUGAACUAUUCCUCCAUUAUGAGCCACAAGCGUUGCCUCCAACUAGCAUCUGUGUCCUGGACUAUCACCAUGUUCCACUCAUUGAUUUAUACCUUUUUGAUGGCCCGUGUUGAGUUCUGCAAUCCUGGGGAAAUCCCCCAUUUUUUCUGUGACCUUUACCCUGUUCUAGAUGUUUCUUGCUCUGACUCGUACAUCAUAGAUCUCGUAUUGAUGACUGAGGGGUUGGUGGAGAUCCUGGGGCCGUUUGUGCUCAUUAUCAUUUCCUAUGCGCUCAUCUUCUUCACCAUCUUGAAGAUCCCAUCUGCCACCGGGAAGCGCAAGGCUUUCUCCACCUGCGGGUCCCACAUUUGCGUGGUGGUCAUGUACUUCGGUGGCAUCAGCUUUGUUUAUUUCAAGCCAAAUUCUAAUUUGGUGGAACGCCAUGACACCUGGGCUGCUAUGAUGUAUACCAUGGUCAACCCCAUGGUCAACCCCUUCAUCUACAGCCUCAGGAACAAUGAAAUGAAGGCAGCUCUGAGGAGAGUCAUUAGGAAGCAUCUCAUGAAUCCAAAGAACACAACUCCGGUCUCUGAAUUCUUGCUUCAUGGUUUCUCAGCCGAGCCAGAGGUUCAAAGAGUCCUCUUCUUCCUCUUCCUCUCUAUGUAUCUACUCAACCUCAUUGGGAAUAUGACCAUCAUCUUGUCGAUCCGCUGCGAUCCGCAGCUCCUGCAGACCCCCAUGUACUUCUUCCUCAGCUACCUUGCAGUAGCCGAUAUGGGUUUUGCCAGCACCAUCAUCCCCAAGACUCUACAGAACUUACUGUGUCGCAAAAAGACCAUCUCCUACUGCGGUUGCCUGGCACAAAUGUUUUUCUAUAUCUAUUUUGGCAAUGCAGACAGCUACCUGCUGGCUUCCAUGGCCUACGAUCGCUAUGCGGCAAUCUGUCGGCCAAUGUACUAUUCCACCAUGAUUAGCCCCACACGCUGUCGCCAACUGGCUACAGUGUGUUGGACUAUCCCCAUGAUCCAUUCUUUGCUUUAUACCAUUUUGAUGGCCCGUGUUGAGUUCUGCAACCCUGGAGAGAUCCGUCAUUUCAUCUGUGACAUCCACCCUGUUCUGGAAGUGUCUUGCUCUGACACCAAAGUCAUCGAUUUGGUCUUGCUCACCGAGGGGAUGGUGGAGAUCCUGGGGCCGUUUGUGCUCAUUAUCAUUUCCUAUGCAUUCAUCUUCUACUCCAUCAUGAAGAUUCCAUCUGCCACUGGGAAGCGCAAGGCCUUCUCCACGUGCGGGUCCCACAUAUGCGUGGUGGUCUUGUUCUAUGGUGGCGUAAGCUCUGUCUACUUCAAGCCAAACACCAAGAACCCCGGUUUCCAGGAUACAGUAGCGACUGUGAUGUAUACCAUGGUGAUCCCCAUGCUGAAUCCCUUCAUCUACACCCUCAGGAACAGUGAGAUGAAGUCAGCCAUGAGAAGAGUAAUUAGGCGGCAUUUCUAUUAA